GACAUCAUUGCCAUCAGCUGCUCCUGGUGUAAAGCUGCAUAUCACAACAAGACCACAUGCUUCAUGAUGCAGCAGAUAGAGGAGCAGUGCACUCUGGGUAUUCAUGCCAGCAUCAUUGUUCCACCAUCUUGGAUCAUCAAACUACCCAAAAAGGGGUCUUUCAAGUCAUCUUUAAGAGCAAGCAAGAAAAGAAAAGCUUCAGUGAAAAAGCGCAGAAGUAAAGAUGAUUCCAAGCCUUUCAUCCUCAAACCUAUUCCAUCUCCAUUGAUAAAACCGGUUGUAGUUUUUAUAAACCCAAAGAGUGGUGGAAAUCAGGGAGCUAAACUAUUCCACAAAUUCUGUUGGCUUCUGAAUCCUCGACAGGUGUUUGAUCUAUCUCAGGGAGGGCCUAAGUACGGACUGGAUCUGUAUAAGAAAGUGCCUAAUUUACGAAUCUUAGCGGCAGGUGGGGAUGGAACUGUGGGUUGGAUCUUGUCCACCAUAGACCAGCUGGGUUUGUUCCCACCCCCUCCUGUUGGCAUUCUUCCCAUUGGCACAGGCAACGAUUUGGCUCGCACACUCAACUGGGGAGGGGGUUACACAGAUGAACCAAUCUCAAAAAUUUUAUGCAACAUUGAAGAUGGACAGAUAGUCCAGUUAGACAGGUGGAACAUCGAAGUUACAAGCAAUGAAAGUGCAGAUGGAGAUGUGACAGAAGAUUUGAUCACCGACACUCUGCCUCUGAAAGUGUUCAACAACUACUUCAGUCUUGGAGCUGAUGCUCAUGUGGCCUUGGAGUUCCAUGAAUCCAGGGAGGCCAACCCAGAGAAAUUCAGUAGUAGAUUCAGAAAUAAAAUGUUCUAUGCAGGGGCAGGUGGAAGGGAUCUACUCAAGCGAAGCUGGAAAGGUUUUGCAGAGCAUAUCAAGCUAGAGUGCGAUGGGAUUGAUUUAACUCAGAAGAUCCAGGAUAUGAAGUUACACUGUCUGCUUAUUCUCAACAUUCCAAGAUAUGCCAGUGGUACAUUACCCUGGGGAAAUCCAAAUGCAGUGGGAUUUGAACCCCAGACCCAUGAUGAUGGCAACUUAGAGGUUAUAGGGUUUACCUACUCGUCACUGGCAACUCUGCACGUGGGGGGACAUGGGGAGAGGUUGAUGCAAUGUCGGCAGGUCCGGUUGACCACCUACAAGUCCAUGCCUAUGCAAGUGGAUGGAGAGCCCUGCAGGCUGCGGCCAUCACAUGUCAACAUUACAUUCCGCAACCAGGCCAACAUGAUUGUCAAACCAAAACGUCGAGGUUCUGUGCCUAUUGUUAAUGAUCCUCCUUCGUCUGUGCCAGAACGUUUAAGGAUCCAAGUGAGCCGGAUUGGCAUGACGGAUUACGAGUCCCUCAAUUUUGACAAGGAUAAACUGCGUAAAGCUUCCAUGCCACUGGGUAUUAUUGUAGUGGACAACAAUGCUGACCUGGAGCAAGUGAGAGAAGAGAUCAACAAGAUGCAGUCUCAUUUUCAGAAUGGUGCAAGUGAGACUCUCAGCGCUGUCAGAUUAUCAUCUCAGUGGUGUUUUCUGGAUUCAACAACAGCUGAAAGAUUUUUCCGGAUUGACAAAGCUCAGGAAAGUCUUCACUACAUCUCUGAUAUUUCAUCGGAAGAUUUAUAUGUCCUGGAUGCAGAAUUGACCCCAGCAUCUUCUUUUUUAAGACCAGAAUUUAUUGCCACCAACGGACAAAGGGAGUUCACUCUGCAAGCAAAUGAUGCAGUUCCUGACAGCAGUGAUAAAACUCUGACCUUGAACUUCACAUUCCCUGUACCUGUGUCACCUCCCAAGUCUCCCACUCUUCUUCACCGCAUUAUGCCAAAUACAAUGUCAUCUGACUGUGCGGAAAAAAUUCGUCCAGCAGAAAGUUUGGAAAACAUGCUUCAGCCACAACCACCUACUGUGGCCAGCAGCUCAGAGCCUGGGAGUCCAAACUCCAGCACUGCCACCCAGGAGAAGCAUUAUCACUUUCAGGCAGUGGAAAGUACUUCUGAAGACAAGUCUCCUGCCACGUCAUCUCUUGAUAAACAAUUAAUUGAUGCAUCAAAAACGGGUGAAAUCCAGAAGAUUGCAGAACUCAACCAUAAGGGAGCUAACCUGUUAGCCACAGAUCAGUAUGGAAUGACUGCCCUUCACCAUGCUGCCAGAUUUGGACACAAGUGUGUUGUCAAAUUUCUUAUCGAUAAUGCUCCUCCUGUCAUACUGGACAUGGUGGAACAUGAAAAAGGUCAGACAGCCCUGCACAAGGCAGCCUGGUAUCAGAGAAGGACAAUCUGUCACAUGCUUGUGGCAGCUGGCGCAUCUUUAACCAAGACUGACUUCCAAGGUAACUCCCCCCGACAGCAGGCACUCAAGGCAGAAGACAAAGAACUGGCAGCUUAUUUAGAAAAUCAAGAGCAUUUUCAGCUUGUGCAGUCUGAAGACCAAGAGACAGCAGUAUAG